AAAAGUAUUCUAUGAAAAAUGUAGUUCUCGUAAAAAUAAGUGAUUUUCUUGUGUUUAUUAUACGUAAGUAGAAAAUAUAAUCUCAAAAAUAUUUAUAUAUCAUCUACACAAACACUAUGGGAGAUGGGGGGAUUAGAGGCAGAGAAGAGACAAUCAAUAUGGAAUGACACUUACGAAACUUAUUUUCCAUUCUUAGACUAUUCUUAGUUGCUCUAUCACAUCACUUUCCUUUUUUUUUUUUUUUCUAUUCAUCCUUUUAAAUUCAAUUUUUUCUUCUCAAUUCUCAUAUGAUAGUUCCCCUUUUGCCACACAAUAAUACUUUAAUCAACAUGAGAUGCACAAUUUGAUUAAACAAUUGAAGAAGCUUCCAAAAGGAAUUGCCUCUGGUCCAAACUCUUACAAACAAGUCACGAUCGGCUAUAUUUUCUGUCGCUCCAUAUAUUUCUAUUAUGUCAAAAAUAUUAGCAGGCUGCAAACAUAAUGUAUUAGUACUAUCCUUUUCUUUUUAUGAGUAAUUCCCUUCUUACUUUCUUCUUAAUUAUUUUUUAUGACUAUGGUCUCAAGUAGUUAUACGACGUUGAUUUUAGACUCCUCCGGUAGAACCAACAACCAUCUAAUGAAUUAUCUUGUAUUACUACAGAUGAUUAGCUUGCAUACAUUUUGAUUAAUUCUAUAGGGUACCUGCUACGCCUCGUAGUACCAAUUUAACUUUAUUUUAAAGGAUUGUUCCUUUCAACUUUCUUUAUCAUAAUGGUUCUUCUUUUCCUAUACAUUAAUACUUUAAUCAGCACUAUUUGAUUAAACAAUUUAAAGAGUUUCUAUGAUGUAGAAAAUGAAUCAAAGUUAUAGGGCCACAAGAGCACUAUAUAUACUAGUUGUUUCAUAGAAUUUGUACUAUCAACUUUACUUCGGAACAUCAACAGAUUAGAGUUCUUCUAGCCCAUUUUGUAGCUAUGAAAAUCUUGAAUUUUUUUCCUGUUUUUACCAUACUUGGCUGUUUUUCAUGGCCUAGUAUACAGGGUGAAUUAGAGACGUAUAUAGUACAUGUUGAAUCCCCAGAAAACAAAAUUUCAACACAACUUUUAUCAGAGGAUUUGGAUAGUUGGUAUCAGUCCUUUUUGCCAAAUACAGUAGCAAGCACAAACUCAAAUGAAGAGGAGGGGCCGCGUUUAGUAUAUUCAUAUCGCAAUGUUAUGAAAGGCUUUGCUGCAAGGUUAUCAGAAGAGCAAGUGAAAGAAAUGGAGAAGAAACCAGGCUUCAUAUCUGCACAGCCACAGAGGAUAUUGUCUUUACACACGACUCAUACUCCGAGUUUUCUUGGAUUGCAACAGAACAGUGGCUUGUGGAGUGAUUCCAACUAUGGUAAAGGUGUGAUCAUCGGUGUUUUAGACACCGGGAUUUCACCUGACCAUCCUUCAUUUAGCGACGAAGGAAUGCCUCCUCCGCCUGCUAAAUGGAAGGGAAAGUGUGAAUCGAACUUCACUACAAUGUGUAACAACAAGCUCAUUGGUGUGAGGACUUUCCCAAAAGAAAAUGGUUCGCCAAUAGAUGAUGAUGGACACGGUACUCACACCGCCAGCACUGCUGCUGGCAGUUUUGUGAGAGGUGCCAAUGUGUAUGGAAAUGCAAAUGGCACUGCUGUUGGUGUUGCCCCUCUUGCUCACUUGGCUAUUUAUAAAGCCUGUGAGUCGAUUGGUUGCGCUUCCAGUAACAUUUUAGCUGCAAUGGAUGCAGCUAUUGAUGAUGGUGUUGAUAUCCUAUCCCUUUCCCUUGGAGGGUUUACCAGACCCUUCUAUAAUGAUCCCGUAGCACUCGGUGCAUAUACCGCAACUGAAAGAGGUAUCCUUGUGAGUUGUUCUGCAGGUAAUAGUGGUCCAGCCAAAAGUUCGUUAUCAAAUGAAGCCCCGUGGAUUCUCACUGUAGGCGCGAGCACUCUUGAUAGGAAAAUUAAAGCAACUCUUCAAUUGGGAAACAAACAUGAAAUUGAAGGUGAAUCAGCUUUCCAUCCAAAGGUUUUAAACUCAACAUUUUUUCCUCUGAAUGAACCUGGAAAGAAUGAACGCGAAUCUACUGAACGUUCUUAUUGCCAAGAUGGAUUAGUGUACAAUUCUAAUGGAGGCAAAAUAGUUUUGUGCCAGGUAGGUGGUGGUAUUUCUAGAGUUGGAAAAGGACAAGUUGUAAAGAAUUCCGGAGGCGUUGGCAUGAUUAUCAUCAAUGAGAAGGGAGAUGGUAUCACUACAUCUGUCAGUGCUCAUGUCCUUCCUGCCCUGGAUAUUACUUAUGCAAAUGGAAUGAAAGUUCUUGCCUAUAUGAAUUCAACAAAGAAACCUGUUGCUCGGAUUACAUUCCAAGGAACGAUAAUAGGUGAUAAAAAUGCUCCUGUUGUUGCUGCAUUUUCUUCUCGCGGACCAAACUUAGCUAGUCGUGGAAUCUUGAAACCGGACAUUAUUGGUCCUGGUGUAAACAUUCUUGCUGCUUGGCCUACCUCCAUGGAGAACAACACAAACACAAAAUCUACCUUCAAUAUCAUUUCUGGCACGUCCAUGUCUUGUCCUCAUCUGAGUGGAGUAGCUGCAUUGCUAAAAAGCGCACAUCCCACUUGGUCUCCUGCAGCUAUCAAGUCAGCCAUCAUGACAACUGCUGACACAGUAAACCUCGCCAACAAGCCCAUCUUAGAUGAAAGGCUUCUUCCUGCAAAUAUCUUUGCGGUUGGUGCAGGACAUGUCAAUCCGUCAAGAGCGAAUGAUCCAGGACUAAUAUAUGAUACCUCAUUCAAGAGCUACUUACCGUAUUUGUGUGGUUUGAAUUACACAAAUCAAGAGAUUCAAAGACUACUACAACGCAAGGUGAACUGCUCGGAAGUGAAAAGUAUUCCUGAAGCACAACUAAAUUAUCCUUCAUUUUCCAUCACACUCAGAGCAAAUUCUCAAACAUAUACUAGAACAGUGACUAACGUCGGAGAGGCUAAAUCAUCUUACAGUGUGGAGAUAGUUUCACCACCAGGAGUUUCUGUGAUUGUUAAGCCCUCUACUCUGAAAUUCUCCAAGUUGAACCAGAAGUUGACAUAUCGAGUGACCUUUUCAAGAACGGAGAAUAGUUCAACCAGUGGUACAGUUCAAGGAUUCUUGAAAUGGACUAGUAAUAGGCACUCUGUAAGAAGUCCAAUUGCAGUUGUGCUAGUCUAGUGAAACUACAAGAUU